GAGCGGAGCGGGGCGGGGCGGCGGGGGAGUCCUUCCCUCCCCCACCCCAGGAUGGAGGGCUGGUGCGGAGCUUGGUAUGUGCCAUGUCUAGCUUCACUUGAGACCCUCCAAGAAUUUUGUAGGAAGGAAAAUCUCACAUGUAAAUCCAUUGGAAUCACCAACAGGAGUCUAAAGACUUAUGAGGUGGAAUAUUUGUGUGACUACAAGGUAGAAGAGGGCACAGAAUACUAUCUUGUGAAAUGGAAAGGAUGGCCAGAAUCUUCAAAUACAUGGGAACCUCAGAAAAAUCUGAAAUGCCCAUUGCUUUUACAGAACUUUCUUAGUGACAAGAAUGAAUACUUGUCUCGGGUGAGAGAAGGCAAAGCACUGAAAGUGAGAAACCACGUUAAAGCUUUGAAUCCUGCAGUUGCAGAUUACAUUGUAAAGAAGGCUAGGCAAAGAAUAGCACUUGAGAGAUGGAAAGAAGAACUCAACAGGAAAAAGAAUCAUAAAGCAAUGAUCCUGGUAGAAAACACUGUGGAUCUCGAAGGCCCUCCUUUAGACUUCUACUACAUUAAUGAGUAUAAACCUGCUCCGGGAAUAAAUGUGAUAAAUGGAAUAACAACUGGCUGUGAAUGCACUGACUGCCCCGCUGAGAAGUGCUGUCCAAAGGAGGCUGGAUUUAUUUUGGCUUACAAUAAACGAAAGAAGUUGAAAAUCCAGCCUGGCUUGCCCAUCUAUGAAUGCAAUUCCUUUUGUAGGUGUGGGCCUGACUGCCCUAAUAGGAUAGUACAGAAAGGUACACCCUAUUCUCUUUGCAUCUUCAGAACUAACAAUGGCCGUGGCUGGGGAGUAAAAACCCUCCAGAAAAUUAAAACCAACAGUUUUGUGAUGGAGUAUGUUGGAGAGGUGAUUACAAGUGAGGAAGCGGAGAGACGAGGCCAGCUGUAUGACAACCAGGGAAAUACAUACUUGUUUGAUUUGGACUAUGACUCGGACGAAUUUACAGUAGAUGCAGCUCGCUAUGGAAAUGUGUCCCACUUUGUGAAUCACAGUUGUGACCCAAACCUUCAGGUCUUCAACGUGUUCAUUGAUAACCUCGACUUGCGUCUCCCUCGAAUAGCACUGUUUUCUACACGAACUAUCAAGGCUGGAGAAGAGUUAACGUUUGACUACCAGAUGAAAGGUUCAAUAGAUCUGACUUCAGACUCUGCUGAUGGUCUUAGCCCAUCCAAAAAGAGGAUCAGAACUGUGUGUAAAUGUGGAGCUGUGUGUUGUAGAGGAUAUCUCAACUGAGUUCGGGUAUCCAAAGUCACAAAUACUUUGUUCUUUUUACAAUGUGUUCUAAGAAGACUCUUCUUUCACACAUAUAUUCAAGUAUUCUUACAUCCAGUGUAAAUAAGUCCAGUGAAUGAAAGGCAUUAUGUUUGUAAUUGAAAUGGCAUUGGCCAAAAAGAGAUGCAGUGUUUCAGGCAAAUAGAAAACUGAUAAUGGGGAUUAAAAAUUGUCUUUUCUAGCACUGUUCUUUAGGAAGCAGGAACAUGUGUGCUGAGAAACCUCUUGAAAAUACACCUUGAUUGGAAUACUGGAGUGUGAGCUCACAGCUGUAGGCUGAUGGGGAGCUGAUGUCAGCAGAAGGAAGUGACGUUACUGUGAGAAAUCUGGAGACAUUUGACUUGAAUCCUAACUCAUAGCUGACAUUUGUUUUGCUGCUUUUGUUGUAUAAGGAAAAGCUUCAUGAGAUCAGCAAUAACAUUUAUGGUACUGAGAUGGAGGAUUAAGGGCAGCAGCCAUCAGGCUGUGUCUAAGUGAAGCUUCACAGGAGCACAAACUGUAAAGUGCCAUUGAACUCAGUGCAAGUCAGGCGGUUGGUCUGAGCAGAUUCCAGAUGUAAGAUGAAGGUCUUGAAUGUUUAGGUGACAUUCUGUUAUUUAGUAUUUUUACAUGUAGGCGUUUCUUCAAGUGCUACAUUCUGAUGUUUAGGUAGGAUGCUGUAGGAGCUCUGCAGCUCUACAGGGAGUUUGUGAGCACUGGACUAUGGGUAGUAACACAAGCUGGCUGUUAGCAGUCCUUGUUAAAUUGCUGGCUACAGUUUGGCAAUAAAUAACACAAUAGGGAGAGAAGCCCAUUGUCUGACAAAGCUGAUGUGCUCAGUUAUCCCUUAGGUGCACAAAUACCCUGGGAGUUGAUUUGUAUCCACAACUGGUUUUGAUUAAAUUUUUACAUACUGUGACUUUUUUUUAUCUAGUGACAGACUUCUAAGAUACUAGGCCUGUAUUUUCUUGUUGCAAAAAUGUUAACUUCAGUGAAGUUAGACUAGGGGUGAGUUUACCCAUUUGCUGUAGACAUUUGUAAGAUAUUCUUGAAUGUAAAGGCUGAGAAAUGUACUGUUCUUCAGCUAUGAGUUGUAUGGGUUUUUUUCCUGAUCAUCUUAAAGUUGUCUUGAUCAAUUCAUAAUGUAUGCAAAGUUUUGCUUGGCUUCGUGAACACAAAGAGCAGUUGAGGUAAGUUAUGAGGGGAGUUAAAGCCAGGGAUGAUCUAAGUGCUUUAUUCUCAUGGAUUAAAAGCUUGUCAGACUUGCACAUUGCUUACAAAUCAUGUUGAUAGGGUAAGGGAGAAUAACGUUGCUCCAUCAAUGGAUGCUAUGUAUCAUAGGUCAGCUCAUCACCUUUAUAAGGUGCAUGGCUGUUGGCUCAGGUGAAUGAAGUCUAGUACCCAGCAUAGAACUGUUUACUUCAUUUGUUAGAAAAUGCCUUAAAUGUCACGUUAGUUACUAGCACUCCAAAACAAAAAGUAUGUUGGUUGUUCACUAAGAAGCACAAUUGAUCCAGCUCUCUGGCAGACAGUGGAAUUUUAUACAUUACUGGCUAAAAUCAGCUUUGAUUGGGGUGAAGAGCGUGGGCCACUGAAGUGCUGUAUCAGCACUGUCUCAUAAAGAGAUGCGUGUUGAAAUAUAAACUUUAUCUGUUUAAUGACUAGGAGAAAUUUGGCUUAGAAAUGAGAAGGAUUUGAGGGUACCAGGCUCACCUGUAUCCACGCACCUGGAUCAGUGCUGAACACAGUCAGUUUUUAUCAUGCCACAUCCCUAACCAUUUCAUUUAAUAUAUAUAUAUAUAUAUAUAUAAAGUUUAAGUGAAAUGUGGAGCUUUAAUAUCAGCAAACUCGAGAUGAUCUUACAUCAUUUGGAGUUGUUACUGUUUUCUCUUGCAUGUAGCCCAGUGGAGCGACGCAUUCCACAUGGAUGGAAUCUGCAGUCUCCAGCUCCUUAAUCCACUGCUGUCUGCAGCCUUCCCUGUUGGAACAGGAUGGAGAUGAACUUCGUAGUAGUUGUACAUGAGUUCAGUGGCUGCCUUGUCCAAGGAAAGUGUGUUACCAUCAGCGCUGGAUUAUUGCUGCUGUUCCCUGAGGUUCUCUGUUACCUCUUGUGUGAUAAAUAAAGGCUCCUUAACUUAUAUCCAGGAGGUAACAGCAGUUUGUAUUUAUUUGGAGUAAGACCACAUAUCCAGUUUCCAGCUUAGAGCCUUGAACAGUAUUUUUUACUCAGAUGUUCCCAGAGCAUUCAGAUUGUGACCAGUGAAUGAGCUUAACAGGACACUGUGUCACUUUUAAAACUCCUCCUACUGUUGUUAGGAGCUUUGGGGGGAAAAAUUGCCAAAUUUGAAAAAAAGCAAAAGCUGUUUUCAGUUUUUUAAGGAGCUUAAACCAGCUGAGCUUGUCCUUGUUCUGCUUUGUGGUCUGCAAGCAUCAGCACGGCUGCCAGCUCAGGUGUGUAGAUGUACCUCUUGGAGGCUGGUCACCUGUGAGCUCACCUCUUACUGCUCUUCCGUUGGCUUUCAUUUUAAUUUUGGGUGGGGUUUUGGUAGCAAAUCUAAAGCUGCCAGAUCACCAUAAGAAACGCUCUUGUCUAUUUAAUCUCAAAAGUUAAGUCAAUCUUUUGGUUCUUUCUAAUGUAUGGUUUAGGACUCUGUGCAUUAGAAUAUGCAGUUUGUAAGCUCAGGAACAUUUUCUUUUCAGGAUGUGUAAUCUCUAGUAUUGCUAUCUUCCUCUAGGUUUUGAUAAAAUAAAUUAAAUUUAGUUUUU